AUCGUUUUAUACAAAGACAUGAUUUUCAUGAUUAGACUAAGCUUGCUAGGCCUUUUACUCGUCUAUGGAGCUCAGUGCUACGCUAGGAAUAUGCCCAAAGCUGAGAUCCGAAGUACUCAUCUUGAACUAGACGAUUACGGUAGAACGGGGCCUAAUCCCAGACAUGAUCCACACCAUCCUUCUCCUUCUCGUCCACCUCACGAUAUCCAAAAUAUUCAGUUCGAAAUAGACGAUUAUGGAAAACCAGGGUCAAAUCCUAAACAUGAUCCACACCAUCCUCCUUCUCAUCCACCUCUCGAUAUCCAAAAUAUUCAGCUCGAAAUAGACGAUUAUGGUAAACCAGGGUCAAAUCCCAAACAUGAUCCACACCAUCCUCCUUCUCGCCCCCCUCUAGAUAUCCAAAAUAUUCAACUUGAAAUAGACGAUUAUGGUAAACCAGGGUCAAAUCCCAAACAUGAUCCACACCAUCCUCCUUCCCGUCCACCUCUAGAUAUCCAAAAUAUUCAGCUUGAAAUAGACGAUUAUGGUAAACCAGGGUCAAAUCCCAAACAUGAUCCACACCAUCCUCCUUCUCGCCCACCUCUCGAUAUCCAAAAUAUUCAGCUUGAAAUAGACGAUUAUGGUAAACCAGGGUCAAAUCCCAAACAUGAUCCACACCAUCCUCCUUCUCGCCCACCUCUCGUGAAAUCGAAGAUGCAAUGAAGAUGCUGCCUCAGAAUCUUCAAAUGUUCCUUGAGUUCAAUAGUUUUUUUUCUUUUGAUGAAUAAAUCACAUGAUUUUCAAUGUAUUUUAUGGACAUGGCUCAAGUCAACAUUAAAAAUAUUAUUAUGUGAAAAAAUUAGCCAUGUACUUAUAUGAAACUUUUAAUAAAUGGAAAAUUCAGAGUGUAAGUUGUACUAAGAAUAAAAAAAAUUAAACAAA